CUAACACCAUGUUCCAAUCACAGAGUAUGAAAGAACACGAUUUUUGUGUUCCAAUGUUGUCAUUGCCUUGAUCGCUCACAAGAUUCAAUGAGAAGAUCUGAUUGAAGAGGAUGCAUACUUUUUCCCCAUGCUAGCCAUCGUAGUGUCUGUCUUCCCGUUGGUAUUGAUGCAGCUAGAUUCGCAGUCUCCCAGUACAACUGUAGAUUCAGUUUUUCCACAACCCAGAGUUCGUCACAUCUGAGAAAUCUAUGACAUUUUGCUUUCCCAUCGCGCCAUCUUUGCUGAGAACUUGAUUUCAGUGCAAGAGAAUUUAUGCCCAGCAGUCUCACGCAGACGAAUUGUGUCACUACGAAGGGAAGAUCUGUUUUCUUCGGGAGAGCCGGGCUUUCGGAUUGAAGAGAGGGCCUCCUGUACGCGUUGAAGGAGAGAGCAGGAGAGAAAGGAAGGGGCAGGUGCGUCCAUCGUCAGUCACGCUCCUGAACUUGCGACACGACUUGUGGAAUGGACUCCGCACACGAGGAACCGGAGCUUCCCUCCGCCAUCCAGGACCUUGUCCAGCGUCUGGAAGGACAAGGCGAGCCUUUCACGCAGCUUCCCAUUUUAACCGGGUCAAAAUUUCAGGAGUUCUUUCCGAGGCGUGCAUCACUUUCGACAAUCACAGGAUGGCGAAGCCAAGUGCGCCUUCGAGUGCUGGAGGCAAUCGGCAACUGCAACACCUUUGAGAGUCUGAGUGUGGGAGACAUUUGUGAUGACGAUAUAUCGAGGUUGACGGCAAGCGAGUGGGAGAUCGUUUUCAGAGGUUUCUGGUCAAGCACCGCUCGAACAGUAAUAUACCUUUAUGCUUUGAAAUGGAGUUCAGAUGCGGAAGUGGAGAGCUGGUGUUUAGAGCUGGGGAGAAUUCUGAAUUCCUCUAGCGUAACAACAUUACGCAUCUGGCAUUGCGGAUUGAGUGCCAGAUGUUGGUCGAAUCUCGCCUCAGGACUGCGAGGACAUUCCGAUUCUAAACUCCAGUAUUUAGAAUUACAUAGGGCGUGGGAGGACGAGAGUGCGGUGAAGCAUGUGGCUGAGAUGAUCAACAGUGCUCCUCUAUUAGAAACGUUGAGGAUAGCCUGUUGGAAGGACAUGGAGGACGAGACCGUUGGAAUCCUGUCCCAGGCGUUGGUCCAGAGCUCGUCGUUGAAGGUAUUGAAGUUAGAAGGCGCGGGGAAGUGGGGAGUGCCCUUGUUGCUGAAAGCAUUGGCCGGAGACGAUCGCAACCGAUCCAUUGAACGUCUUGAACUAGAGUUUAUGGAUGGAAUCGGAGACUGUUUAAGGGAAAUACUUAUUUCCAACCCAUCAUUGAAGAAAGUGGAGCUGGACAGCUUGCACAUGAGUCCUGAGGAAUGGCACCAGCUCGGCGAAGUCAUACGUGACAAUGCUAUAGCGACAACUUUACUUGCUUGGUUUAUAUUGGGGAAUGAUGACUGGAAGUCAAUAGAAGCUCUUGCUCGUUCUGCUAGCUCCGAAGUCAACGACCCCACACUGGAGCUUGACCUCGAUGCAGGGAGUGAAGAUGAAGUGAUGUUAUCAUUAAACCUGUUAGGUAGGGUGCUGCGCGGUGAAAUCAAAUCUCUCAAAUCUCUGAUUAUACGGCAGAGUGAUAAACCAAUUAUCACUUUCAGUAUCCUCCCGAUGAAUGGGAAAACUGGAGAAACCUCAGUCCCGAAGAGACUGGAAUUAUCUGUUCGAAGCGAAGAUAUUUCGAAGGGAGAAUGGGAGGAGCUGCUUCGGUGCAUGCGAGGGAACCACCUCACUCACUUGGAUUUGUCUUUCUCCGAACUCGACGAGGAGGCGUUCAGGGACGUGAUGGGAGUAUUGCAAGUGAACUUGGCCCUCCAGGAAAUCGACGUCUCACGAACGUCAUGGGCAACGGACGGAAAGGCGCCGUUGAUUCAAGAGGCCCUGCAGCAGAACAAGGAGCGGGCCGUCUACAUGUCCGUGUUCCGGGAAGCGAACUUAACAUUCGGAGAUGCAAAAGCUGGCCGACUCUUCUUAUGCGGCUCUCCUCGAGCAGGAAAAACUCAAUUGCGUAAAACUUUGAUGAGGAUAAAUCAUAGCUGGCUACACAGAAGCAAUCUGUUCAAUAGAUGGGAGGUAUUGUGGAGGACCAAAGGGAUUGAAGUGGAGUUUUUGCCAAAAAAUGACGAAAUGCAAAUCUCAGUUUGGGAUCUUGCAGGACAAUGGAUUUUUCGUACCCUUCAAACUGUACUUUUCCCUCAAACCAACAAUUUUUGUGUUUUUCUUUUUGUGUAUAGCCCCUUCUGUGAGGAAAAAUCUUCAAAGAAACCAGAUUCUUGUUUUGAAACUGAGUUGGAGGAUUGGUUGAGUUUCUUCACAUCUAGCAUUAGGGUCACUGGACGUGACCUUCCCCAAGUUUUUGUUGUCAUUUCACACAAGGACAAAGCCAUAUAUAGCUCUGUGAGUUGGGCUCAGUCAAUAGUUGAAAAACUCACCCAAAGAUUCGCAAAUUAUGUGGAUCUCUGCCCUAUUCAAGAGUGUUUUCAUGUGGAUGCUAGGAAGAAGAAGCAAGUUAGCUCUCUUAACAGACACAUUUUUGAAAAUUUCCACAAGUUGUUGAGUGAGAAAUCCCCACAGGUUCCCAAAUUGUGUUUACAACUCACCUCUCUCUUGGUUACAAACACCAAGAAGAACAAAAGUUUUCCUUUGUGGCCAUCCAAAAAGUUUUAUGAUUUUUGUGUUUCCGAUUUGAAAAAAUUUAUUCCAUCUUCUUCUGCUCACUCUGUUGAACAUUCAAGGAUAAUGCAAUCUAUCAUAUCCUAUUUGAAUGAUGUUGGAUCCAUCAUUUACAUCCCCAACCUUGAUUACAUCAUUGUCGAUCCCAACUGGCUCACUAAUACCUUCUUGGGUGAGCUAAUAGCUCUGGGUCAAAACUUUCAAGCUCAAGAGCCAGAGUCUUCUUAUAGAAUGAGCUCAUACGCAAGCAAGGACGGAUUUGUGAGUGAGAGUGUCUUUGUUCGGUUGAUAGAAAAGUUUCUGGGAAAACAUGGACAGAGAGGUGUGGAUAGAGAGGAGCUUGAAAACAUACUUGUCAAUUUAGAUUUGUGUUUCAAGCUCAAAGAUACUUCUCAGUAUUUCAUUCCUUCUUUCAUUCCGGAGCAUGCAAGCAAGGAAGAACAGAAGCAUGAAGAAGGGGCACACGUGGACUCAAUGUUUUGGGAUAAUAGGAGUGAGACUUCACAGUUUGUCGGCAUUCGGAUUCAAUGCCAAGAUGAAAUAACAAUGUCCCUGACUGCUGCUUUUUUUCCACGCUUCCAGAUGUUCAUGAGACGCAAGUUGAUAUCCGAGGAGAUGGGUGGUUUUGAGGAGAAUGUUAUCUGCUCUCGACAUUAUCUGCGACUUUUCCUUGACGGGCAUCAAAUAUAUAUCGAGCACAUUCAGAGUGAAAAGUCCCACAAAUACGUAGAUGUUCUGAUGUUAUGCUCGAGUCAAAAGUCAAAGGAGGCAGCUAUUACAUAUGUGAGGAAGCAUAUCGUCCAAGAGUUGAUAUCAUUUUGCGCAUCAUCAAAAGGCUGUCCAGGGGUGACGUUAGUGCUCGGUGUGAUCCAGACUUUUUGCGUGGAGAGGCUGAUUCCGAGUCGUCUUAGAAAAGUCAUUCUGAUCGAGACCCUGAAAUCGGACUUCAUUCGUAGCAUCAAUGGCAAACUUGAGGAAAUGCCGUUGGAAAAGUCGUACUUGAUGGAGAAGGAAGAGUUGUUUCACUAUGAGCACUGUUGGCCUCCGAUUGGAAAAGACACCGGCCGAAUAUCUGAACUAGCAAGGGAUUUGUUGUGGGAGAGCGAUGUGGAAGCAGUUGUGAAUGAGAUUCACCAGAAUCGAAUUCAACAAUUGGAGUCAUUGGAGGAAGGUAUAAUUAGCGUGGAUAAUGGUUUGGCUCAAUGUUAUCCUGAAGCUGAAAAGAUGGUUAGCGGCUCCGAUGCCCCCCAAAUGAAAGACCUCAAAACACUCUCAUCCAGGUUCUUGAGUCGAUCCAGCACAAGUGUGGAGAAUCGUUCAACUCGACUAAUUUUGUUUGGGAUUGAGCAACUAAAAGGAGAGGUUCAGGGUUUGCAUAGAAAGGUUGAUGAUUUGGAUGAGAGGUUGAGAGAAGUGCAUAGCAUCAUGCAAAGAGUGGACAGGAAAAUGGAACACAUACUCUCUGUGCACCAAGAACUGCAGUCAAAGUUGAGUGUCUUCAUGUCUAAGGUGGACAGGAGCAUUGGCUAUUCGCAAGGGAAAACGCCCAAACGACCUUACGUUACGGAUGAUGUGGGACAUUUCUAUAGGUUGAGUGCAGGUCUGCAUGUCGGGAAAAUUGUUCGACUUCACUUGAUGUGUGAGUCGAUGACUGGGUUUCACACUGUCAAAGAUCAAGAAGGGUUGAAGUUACGAUUGGAUUUGGAGAAGUGGGAGUGGAUUCGGAGAACUAUUGAAAUUUCAUACAAAGUCAUAUAUUAUGGUGCAAAGGCUGCACUGACUAAGUUCUGCGGGUUGGGCGAAGCGAUUCCGGCCUGGGCAGAUUUGGAAUCGGAUAUUGUUAAACUGGAUGGUAUUAGCAGUGAAGAUCGCAGGGCAGUUCUAACAGGUGGGGAAAGCAAGGAGCUGCAAGAAGCAUGGUUGAGGAUUCAGCAAAUUCUUGCGCCUGAGCUUGAAAAUUGCUAUUCCAAAAUCUUCAAGUUGUAUCAGGUGGAGUACGUGAGUUUAAAAAAAGGUGGGCAUGCAUGGGUGUGCGAGGAGUGCAUGAAUAAAGGCCUGCGUUGUGGAAUUUUGACAUGUUAGGAUUUAGAAGAGGUUAGAAUGCCACUAUGCAAUUGACAAGAAUAUGUUUAGACCCAUAUGCAAUAUACAACUCUGCAAAUUGUUCCUUGCAGUUUUCACAAGAAGAAAUCUUCUAUAAUCUUUGUCAUCAUGUCAAUCGCACAGUUAUUGUUUUUGAAGAAGAUCAGUGUUCCGCUUAACUAUCAAGAUGAGUUUUUGAGGGUAGAGCGAUCAUUUUGUCUUGUUGCAAGUCUCAUGUGAUGAAAACCCUCCCCUUGACAUGUGAGGGUGGUCACGUU